AUGAUCAGCGGCGGUACACCGAUCGCUGACUCCAGCCGUCGGUCCGUCAAGAGUUACGUACGUGCCGUUUGGCACCCUCAGGUCCUCAGCCUCAAUGAGGAGCGCAGCAGCAAAAUCCGUCGACUCGGAUGGGAACCCAUCACCUUUUCCGAAGAAGAAGAGAAGGGCAUCAUCUUCCCCCAUUCAAAUCCCAUGAUCAUUCGAGCAGACAUUGCCGACUUCAACGUAGGCCGAAUCCUCAUCGACACCAGAAGUUCGGUCAACGUACUCUUUGCCGAUGCUUUCAAUGGCCUCAGAAUCGACCAUCAAAACCUCAACAAGGAGAUCACUCCUCUUCUAAGCUUCUCGGGCGAUGUGGUCGAGCCAAUCGGGAGCCUCCAGCUUCCCCUAAACAUCGGCUCCGGCCCCAGAAGGGCUUUCAUACACCUCCUUAUUCCAGCCCCAGCCUUUCGCCGCCCCGAUCCGCCGCCAGUCUCUGGAAACAGCCACGAAACAGGCGGUGCUGGUCAAUUUUUGACAGAACUUCCAAGCGUUCGUUCUCCGUCGUCCGGCCACCAAAUCGGACGAGUGAGAUCAGGAACAGAGGAAAGAACUACGUGUGGCUUGAUCCCUCAGAAAGGGUACGCGGGCAGCCUACAGUUAUCAGGUUUCGACCCGGAUUCCAAAGUGGAAAUUGGGUCAGGUCGUUUCAUUUCAUCUACACUCACUUCCUGGAGUCGAUCAAGUUCGAGGGGACCAACUGGGCGCGCGGAUAUGCUACGUGUCAUCUACGGCGGAAUCGGCAACCCGGACGUCAGGGCCGUUACCCGUCCAAGCAUGCCGAACGCCCAAGCAACUGGGAUGACAACGUCACUCCGCAAGCUCAACCUGCCGAAGAGCUCGAAACGAUCUCCAUCUCCGACACACAAGAUCGGCAGGUUCGAAUCGGCACUUCCCUCGGUCCGAAUCUUCAUUACCUUUAUUAGGGAUAAUUCGGAAGUUUUCGCUUGGUCUUACAACGAUAUGCCUGGUAUCUCUCUGGACGUCAUCAGCCACAAGCUCAGCAUCUCCCCUUCUUUCAAGCCAGUCCAACAAAAGAGACGAUCCUAUGACGCCGAACGAUACGAGGCCAUGAAGACCGAAGUAGACAAGCUUCAGGCAAUCGUCUUCAUCCGAGACGUCACCUACCCCAUUUGGCUCGCUAACUCAGUUUUGGUGAAGAAAUUCGGCGGCGCCUGGCGAAUGUGCCAGGAUUACACCGAUCUGAACUAA